AUGGUUUGCGCAAAGUGCGAGAAAAAGUUGGCGGGCAAGAGCGGGGGAGCGCCACCAGAUCCAUUCGUGAGUAGAGUAGGCUACAGGUGCACACUCUUGCCGCCGGGCUACGUCACGUCCAUCCGCUCAGAAGUUCAAUCUGUCCAAUCACGCGCUUCUGUAGAGAAACAGGAAUGCCCAAGGCACGCUGGUAUCGUCGGGUGUAGGUGGCCGCAAGACAAAUGCUAUAGGAGGUCCAUCGCGAGCCAGUACCGGUACCCUAUCAGCAUCCCCAUCAUCCUCGAGUGGCGUGGGGAAAGCGCCCUCGUCAAACAAGCUUAUCAGCUCCAAAGGAAGGUAUGCGCCUACGUCUACAAAAUGCAAAACUUGCGGCACGAAUGCUAGUCAGGGCUUCAUGUAUUGUCAAGGUGAGCAUGCGUAGCAUGUGGUGCAAGGCGAUCUGGGGGAAUUCUGAGCACAGAUGGCAGGCAUGGGUAAAGGGCAGGCGCAAGAGGCAAGAGGCAGGAAGCGAUGCAGGGACCUGGCACCGCUAGACACCUACCGUCUGGCCAGGUGUCGCUGCUCCACGUCCUUGCCAUUACCAGCUCAUCGCCCUGCUGAUGCCUGCUCACACCUUCAGCUCGCGCGCUGAUCAAAUGUCGCAUCUCCCUCUCACUGUCCAGGCUGCAGCUACAAGAGGGGGGUAUGCGCAAUGUGUGGAAAGAUGAUCAUGGACACUUCGAAGCAUAAGAUGUCUUCCGUCUAA